GUCAUCGACCCCGACAUGGUGGCCUUGUUCGACGAGUUCCUGGGGACAGAGGUGUCGGUGGCCUUCGGGGCCCAGCCGGUGGCACGGCCGUACCAGUACGUGCUGCGGGACACGGAGCAGCAGGGGCUGUGCCUGAGCCACGGCCACCUGGUGGCCACCAGCCUGCAGGGUGCCAAUAGCGCCCAGGAAGAGCCCAUCAGCGUUGUCCCCAACCGACACCUGGAGCGCCGGCGCUGUCCCCUCAUCGUGGGCAUCCGCGGUGGCACCAGGGCACUGUCCUGUGGCACCGGGACAGAGCCACAGCUGCACCUGGAGGACGUGGGGCUGCUGGAGCUGUUCUCGGGUGACAAGGACAGGGCCACGCCCUUCACCUUCUACAAGACCUUCGGGGGCUCCACGCACACCUUCGAGGCCGCCGCCUUCCCCGGGCUCUUCCUCAGCACGGCCCCGGGCCCGGGCCAAGCGCUGGCCCUGGCACCCGGCCCCGGUGCCACCGCCUUCUACCUGCACCGGAGGAGACAGUGA